UGCGGUCAGGUUGUUGUAUGGAGGGUGGCAAAAAUCGGGCAACAGCUGUUUAGCAGUAAUAAAAAAUAUUUGCAGUAAAUUGAAAAUUAAUUGUAAAACCUUAUAACUAGUUGAUAAAGUAGCCUUAAUUAUGAAUUUAAUAAGUGGUAUUAAACUGUACAUCGAAAAGAUGUGCACCGAGUCUGGGCCCGGCAUGAAAAUCAUAUUGCUUGACAAGGAGACGACAAGCAUAAUUUCAAUGGCAUUUAGUCAGUCGGAUAUGUUGCAACGUGAAGUCUACCUGUUCGAACGUAUAGAUUCUGGACGUUCCAACGAGCGGCUAAAAUACCUCAAGUGCAUUGUUUUUAUACGCCCCACAAAGCAAAACAUUCAACUGCUUGCAAAUGAGCUUCGUAACCCCAAAUAUAGCGCUUAUUUUAUAUAUUUUAGUAAUAUUAUACCACGCACCGACAUCAAGUACUUGGCCGAAUGCGAUGAGUCAGAAUCCGUGCGAGAGGUGAAGGAAUUAUAUGCGGACUAUUUGUGUGUAAAUCCCAAUUUGUUUUCCCUAAACAUUCCUGACUGCAUGAUGAAUCUGAACUGGCUGCCAGACGCUUUGACACACAGCAUGCAGGGAAUUACAGCGGUCCUGCUGUCGCUGAAACUCAAUCCGGUCAUACGCUAUCGAGCUGGCUCUCAAGUGGCUCAGCUGCUAGCCAAAAUGAUUUACGAUCAAACCACAAAGGAGUCAUCGCUGUUCGACUUUCGUGGCAACGUGGACGGAGCUGCACCGCCUUUGCUGCUGUUGCUGGAUAGGCGAGAUGAUCCAGUCACUCCAUUGUUGCAUCAAUGGUCGUACCAGGCCAUGGUGCAUGAACUGCUGCAGAUACGUAACAAUCGCGUCGACUUAUCCGAUCGCCCCAGCGUGCCCAAGGAAUUCAAGGAGCUGGUGCUGUCGGGCGAUCAGGACGAGUUCUAUGGCAACAACAUGUAUGCGAAUUACGGUGAAAUUGGUUCAACCAUUAAACAGCUGAUGGAGGAAUUUCAGCGCAAGGCGAAUGAUCAUAAGAAAGUCGAGAGCAUUGCCGACAUGAAGAACUUUAUUGAAUCAUAUCCACAGUUUAAGAAAAUGUCUGGCACCGUCCAGAAACAUUUGUGUGUAAUGGGCGAAUUGUCCAGCAUUUCGAACAAACGCAACCUGUUCGAGGUGUCCGAGCUGGAGCAGGAGAUUGCCUGCAAAGCAGAUCACACAGCGCAAUUGCAGCGUAUCAAGAAACUCAUUGCGGACGAGCGUGUGAGCAUCGAUGACGCUAUCAAAUUGGUGGCCUUGUAUGCUCUACGCUAUGAGCGACAUGCCAACUGCGACACCUCUUCGCUGCUGCAGAUCAUUAAGAGCCGGGGCGGAAAUACACAAAUUGUGCCAGCUCUUAUUGAGUACGCGGGCACGCAUGUGCGACAAGGUGACCUCUUCAACAUGGUGCGCAUCACGGAUGCCGUCAAAUUGACGCGUAUUCUGAUCAAAGGCCUCAAGGGCGUCGAGAACGUUUUUACGCAGCAUACGCCACUGCUUAAGGAAACUCUUGAAGAUGUAUUCAAAGGUCGCGAAUUGGAUCCCAUGUAUCCGGCCAUCAAUUCGGAACUUGUGCCAUUUCGUCGGCCACCGCAGGAAGUCGUCGUAUUUAUCAUUGGCGGCACCACCUAUGAGGAAGCGUUGACUGUGCAUCAGCUGAACAAUGCGGGCUACAAAGUGAUAUUGGGCGGCACAACCAUACACAAUUCCCAGAGCUUUAUCAGCGAAGUGCUGUCGGCCACAAGUGGCACCCAAUUUAAACAUACCAAAUCCAUGCUUAAGUACUGCUCCCCUGAUAACCUUUAAAGAGCCAUAGCCAGGCACAUUCCUAAAUACUAUAAAAUAAAACAGAAAAUAAAAGAAAUACUGCUAUUGUUAACUAU